AUGGCUACUAUGUUUCCAACAGACGUUGCAGUUCCUGCUCAUGAGGACAGAGACGUCCCACGAACUUGGCAAUCCAGCCAUGGUUCGACAUUUAAAACAGUUGUCCACAGCGACCGAGACAGCGAGAGUGGUGUCAAGACAGAGACACUGUGGGAGACGAUGAAUCCAUAUUCGAGUGAUCGAGAUGCGACACCUGUCGCUACUACAAACAACUAUACUACUUAUUCUACUGCGACUCCUACUGGCAGCCAGAGCUCUGAUUCUCUGGCUUCAACAUUACACCACUCCGGUGGUCUAUCAGACGGAGCUAUAGCUGCUAUAGUAAUCGGUGUUCUCUUCGGCUUAGCCAUUAUAGCCCUGGCAACAUGGCUCUUGGUUCGAAAGUCACGAAGACGCUCAAGAGUGACCCAAGUUACUACUCCGCAGACCCCGAUCUACAGUCCUUCACCACCUAGUUCCCCAUUACCAACACCUCCUCCUCUAACAGAAUCGGGUAACGACCGGAUUUCGAGCUUAGAGGAUUCAUGGGUCAGUUAUGGCGACCGUGUCCGAUCACCUACGCCUCAGCCCGCAGUGGCGGAGAUGAGAAGCUUUACUCGAGCGUGGCAGAAGCCUCGGGCAUAUACUAUUAGCAGAGGCCGUAUGACUGAGGCGCAAGGCUCAGAAGGCUCAGAGCCUCCGCCAAGUCCCGAUGAUGAUAUGUCACCUAUCUCACCUAUGUCUCGAGCUGGUUCUUCCCAGGGUGAUCGACGUGUUAUAGGACAGGGGAAGGUCAAGGCAAUUUAA